UGUUGUGCGGUAACCGACCGCAACCAGCGACUCCUUGUCUGUGGUCUGGACUUCUCCACUGGUAAGCAGGAAGAUGUUCGUAACCAAGUACUGCAAUAUCUCGUCUCGGAUCCCGCACGGGCCCUCAACGCUCACGGGCUGGGCGUCUUCAUGCUCUUUCCCAGCAAUUCAUCCCGUGUCCUCCUGCCGGAGGGUAGCCGGCUUCCGGCGGUAUAUAACUCAAGUCAGCUCAUUGGUUACAGAGCCAUUUCACUGCUAUCCAUAUCUUCUCUGUGUGGUCGACUGAUACCCCUCCCCGCUCCUGCUCUCUCUACCGGCCCGCCGUCCACGGAAGGCAAAGAAGGCGUUCGCAUAUGGGCUGCUGAUGAAAAUCUCCCACAUACAAGGUUUCGCACAUCGUCCGAUUGA